AUGUUAUUAAAACGUUUCUUUGAACGAGCACGCACUCGUUGUUCGAUUAGUACAAAUAAACAAACAUGUCUGUGUACGACAGCUAAACGAGAUUCAUUAUAUGAUAAUCCAGAUGUAUCAUUAACAAAAAAAAAUGAACGACAAUCAACGGAUCAUUAUGGCUUCUUACGUAAAGAUAAAUCUACACGAUUGUUAAUGCGUCGCGCAAGUAUGGAUGAAUCUGAUAAAGAAGAUAGUAUAAGUAUUACAGAAAAAUUACGUCGUGCAUCAUCACAAUCACCAGCAAAUAUUCCAAUGUUAGUUGUUGUUUCAUUUAAUCCUGAUGGAAAAGGUUUACAAAAAAAACAAAUUGAAAUUCAACGAGGUUUUCCUGUUAAUGCACAAUAUAUUAUAAAUGAAUGGUUAUUUAUAAAAACAGCUGAUAAUGAUGAAGGUUUUGUACCAUAUAUAUGUUGCCGUCCAAUAUUUCGUCGUCAAUCAAUAAAAUCUUUAAAUAAUGUUGAAUGUUCUUAUAAACUUCAUGAUUUUGAAUUACAAAAAUCAGAAAAAAUCAAAUCUCCAUUAACAACUUUACCAACAUUAACACCACCAAUAAAUAAAAAAUAUUCUUUAUCAACAAAUCAUAAUUUAUCAUCAUCACAUAGACGACGUCAAGAUCUAACAUCAUCAUCAUGUGGUGGUGAUUCAGGUGUUUCAGAUUGUGAAUCAUCAACAAAUAAUCAUCAUUAUUUAGAUUUAUCAACUAAACAUACAACAAAUUUAUCAAAUUUACAAUCAUUACAUUCAUCUUCAAAUACAUUUAAAAGAACUGGUCUUGUUGUACAAGAUCUUCCAUUGAAAAAAUCAUCGAAAACUAAUCAAAAUAAAUCUCAAUUAUUAAUAUCAAGUAAUAGUGCAUUUACACAAAUUAUAAGAAAAAAUCAACGACAAGAAAGUAAUGGUGCAUGUCAACCAUUUCCUUAUGAACAAAAUAUAUCAUCAUCUUUGAAAAAUAAAUCUCAUCGUCUUUAUGAUAGUUAUGAUAAAACAACAAAUUUAUCAUCAAAAUAUCUUAUUGAUAAUAAUAAUAUUAUUUCAUCACCAUAUAUACGUCGAACACCAUAUACUCGACGUUCUUUACCAUAUCAUACGCAAUCUGCAUUAAAAAAACCAUUACAUACAAAAACAUCAUAUUCACCAGAUCCAUUUAAAAAACCUAAAGAACAACAUUUAAGAAAUAUUGUUCUUGCUGAACCAUCAUUACCACCAGCUAUUAUUCCAAAAAAAUUAACAAUUGAAAGACAUUUUUCUGAUUUAAGUCUUAAUCAAAUUGAAAAUGAUUCACUUUCACCAUCAACACCUAUUUUAUCAGUUCAUCAUCGACCAUCUUUUUCUUAUUCAUCGUCAUCAUCAUCAAGUACAGCAAGUUCAUCAACAGAUGAUAGUACAACACCAUUUAUUCAUAUACAGAUGAAUAAUCAUCGAACUGGACGAAUACCAGUUAUAUAUGCUUCAUCAAAUAUUACUACUAGUACAAUUCCUACUACUACUAAUAAUAAUAACAGUGAUAUUCAAACAAAAAAAUCUACUAGUUUCAUUCAUAAUGUUUCGAUCACUGUCUAG